AUGGAUGAUGCACUCAAUACGGUCAAACAGUCAAUACCAUUGCAUCACCCGAAACUUAAGGAGAAGAAAUCGAAUGAUUCGAAGGAAAAGAAGAAAAAAAGAAAGAAAGAUCAAGCAGAGAGACCUCUGAUGGACUUGAUCAGUGCAUGGUCUCAAUUUGAUCAUCAUUCCAGACAUAAAGCACACUGUGGUUUGGACGCAUUCAUGGAUAAUUCAGAAUUAGAUGAAACCGUGCGUAAGGUAUAUGAAUUCGUCCAACAAGACAUAAAUGAAGCUGAUAAGGAAGAAAUCGAUAUGAUCCGAAGAGCCGUGUCUGUUUAUGGAAUGGCAAAAGUCCGUCAAUCAAUGAGGAAAAUAAAUAGAUCAAAGAAGAAUGAAAUUGAACGACGAUAUCUUCAAAACGUGCGAUCGUCAACACCCGAUGAGAGUGUGGACAAGGAGAGUACAAUGCACAAAGAAGAAACAGUUUCAUGUGAAGCAGUUCGCAGAAUGAAGAAAAUCUCAUGGUUCCCGAAUGUGUCACGUCGUGAUCGACCACCACUGCCUCCACCGAAACCAACUGUGAUAUACGAUCAUCCUUUCGAUGAUGACAUCGAUUAUGAAAGUGAAAAUUCUGCAAAUAUGACUACAAAUAUGAGACAGUCCAGCGAAUCAGCACAGUCAGUCAAUGCCUCACAUUCCGUGAACAGACCGAACAGUUUCGGUGUCCAACCACUGUCUAAUAACCGUUCAAACUCCCGACGUGAUUCUUACUCUCGACAUCAAACCCAUAAUGCAUUGUCAACUCCGUUUACUGCUACAACUUCACCCUCAGUCCCACCUCAAUUCCCAGCUCCACCCCCACCUUCACCCUCAGCCCCACCCCCACCCCCAUCACAAUUAGCAUCUGCCGCACCCAACAGCUCAAAAGCGUUUCACAUUUCCGAAGGGCGUCAAAAUCUUCUUGAGGCAAUUCGAAACGUGGACAAGUCAACGUUGAGAAAGGUGACGCACGAAGAAGAGGAUGUGACAUCGAAUGCAAGUGCGAUAAACAGCGCGUCUGAGGGUGAUGUUAUGAGUGCGAUUGCAAAAAUGAUCGAAGAACGAAGAAAACAUAUCAACGUUAACUCAGACGAUGAAACGAGUGAUACGAGUGGCGAAGACGAAGCGGACGAUGAUUGGAGCGAAUGA